GUCCCAUAUGGAAGUAUUCAUGGACUUCGAAUUUCUUUGAAUGCGUAUUCCGGCCUGGGUUAUACACCUUUGGCAGGUUAAAGCUGGCAGCAGCUAGGAGUUUAAUUCGCGGCAUAGGUGUACUGUUUUGCCUUGGUUGCGGUGAUAGAUGUUGUUUAUAUUUUUUUGCCGGCGCCCAUUGUUGUGGUAACUUGUGGCCCUGGUGUCUCGAUGAAACAUGUGGCUGGUAUUUUUUCGCUGUUUUGCCUGUACGAAUGUUUUUUCUGAUAUUUCACGGAAGGCUGGCAGUCGCGGGGUACAUGAAUGUACGCCGAUCCUGGCAAAGGGGACAUGCAAGUACAGGUUUAGGGUUUUAUAGUAAGUUAAAGUGAGGUUGCAUUUUAGUAGUAUUGUUAUUCUAGUGUUUUAUUCGGUACACAUUUAGACUUACUGUAUACACGCAUUUGGGUUCUUCUACUUUUUGCUGAGCCGCCCAUGUCUUAGCGGCUCCCUCUACUGAGCUUUUCACUGCGAUUCCCCGCUGGUUAGGAAUGGUGGUCGAGCGAGAUGAGAAGUGGGUACCUGAGUUCCCGUCCAUAUCGAGGCGUCCCUCAUCGUCCGCUCCUCCUGGAAGGUCUGUCGGUGGUGGAUCCGUGACGCCGUCCUCCCCCAAUUCAAGUGAUGAUGAAUCUUCUUCCUCUGCGAGCAUCACAAAUCGGUGUUCGCCCAAGUCAGUUUUCUCUCUUGUCUCUAAGAUGAGCGAGUUUAAGAAGGAAAUCGUUAGGCAAACGGGUUUUGGUGGUAUUCUGGACAUCCCAUGUAUUAGCAAGCUGAAUCUCAAGCUUUCAGUUUGGUUGCUGAGUAAAUUGGAUAUUGAUGAGAGCUGUCUCGUUUUCGACGAGUCAAGGCGCAUCUACGUUCAUGAGGAUGAUGUAGGUAUUGUUCUUGGUAUUCCUAGUGGGGACAUUGAUGUUUCGUCAACAUCUGUUUCUGAAGAACAAAUAGAUCUGCUACGGGCAAGUAUUGGCUUAGUUGGGUCAGAUCCUCGUAGUAUAAAAGGAAUUGAAUAUGUUCUUCAGAAGCAUCUGGAUCACCAAUCAUCAACUCAGGAGAUUGAUGGAUUUAAAGUUGCAUUUGUUGUAUUUGUUAUUGGUCACCUGCUAGCACCUUGUGUGAAACAUGAUCAAGUGCACUUGGAUUUUUGGGGUGCUCUGAAAAAUCCAUCAUCAUUGGAUAGGUAUAACUGGUGUCGAUAUGUGUUUGGCCAUGUGCUCGAGGCCGCUCAAAAAAUACGGGCUGAAAUUAUUAGUAGGGGCAGAGCUACAUCGCUCUCUGGGUGUCACUAUUUCCUACAAAUUAUAUUUCUGGAUAAUGUCGAUCUCAAUAGGCUGAAUAAAGCUCAUAAGGUUGUUCCCCGCCUUAAGCUGUUUGACCAAGAAUCACUGAGGUUGAUGGCAGUUAUGUGUGCUAGUAGGGGUGAACAGGACUUUGCUCGAUUCAUUGGUGUACGUCCUGCCGGCACAUCCGCUUACAUGAGGCGUACCUAUCAGUCUCCUCAUGCCACCCCGACCGCACCUUCCCCCGUCAGCCGUGUAUUUGCACCCGCAUCACGAAGGGUCCCGGAAAACCAGAAUCAGUGUGUCGAACCCAUAUGUUAUAAUUCCUUCGCUUUCAAGAGUCCAUCUGACUUUUCUGCUUAUAUCAAUCAGCGUCAUCCAGGGCUUGGGAGAACUUAUUUUGCUGACUACAUGAAGAAUCAUAAUGCUCUUAUGAUGCAGGACAUUUCUGUUCUUAGAACGUCUAUUAUGCGACGCAAUGCACAGCUUGUAGACUGGCUAUCUGAUCACUUUGGUCCAGUGAAGUUGCAGAUGAUACAUAAAAAACCAUGCCCUGAACCACACUCGAACUCGGUGACUUCGUCCGGUCAUCUGCCUCCUAAGUAUUCUUCUCAGGGUAUCAAAAGGACUGUUGUUGAUGCGGAAGUAACACCUGCAAAAAAAAUGAAAGCUAUCCUAGGAAGUGGCGUUGAGCCUCCAUCCUUUGAUCUAGGUGUCGAUACUUCUCCAGCAGCUGUUGGUCAAGAAACUCCAAAGGAGCUAAUUUUUGCAAUACAACCAAUGCUUUCGCCUGAGCAGAAAGGAUUUGCAAGUGCUGCCUCAACACUGCCCUCUUUAGGUCUUGCUGACAUGUCACCAACCGAAGCAACCAGACAGCUUGCGCAAUGUAUUAUCCUUGACAUUGUGCAUGUCAUAGAGGAAGGAAUUGACCCUGCUGGUAAGGUGCUGUAUGGGCAAUGGAUUACUGAGCCUUUUAACAAAGUGCAAGCAUUGGUCGAGCCUCCUCCUUGUAUUUCAUGGUCAUUAGUGCAUCGUCAUCCUAUUCACGACUUGAAAUUUCUGGGCCACCUAAUAGAUUGCUGUAAAGAACUUGUUGACCAUGUUAUUCGAAGAGAAUGGGUGGUUCAUCCACUUCCUAGGUUCCUUGUUCUUACCGGCUCAGAGAUCUUGAACACAUUCGUAGAUGGCAAGACUGCUGACUCGGAUAUUGUAGAUGCCGCAAUUCGCCGUUUCUCUCAGCUAGACGGUACUGCCGAAUCUUGUGGGUACCCUGUACGGUGGCGACAUUUCUUGGAAUCGGAUUUUGCGAUGAACUCCCUUGCUGGAUACAAUCCUGAAAAGAUCCUUCCAGUUUUAAACCAAUUUGUUGGCCUAGACUAUUGUAUCCAGAGCUGUCGCAUGUUUGUAGUGCCUGUUAUUGUUGAGAGUGCAUGGUGUGCUUAUAUGUUCGACAUGCAUGGUUCAGAGGUCCAUGUCCUUGAUCCUGCAUAUACUUCUGUGAGGAUUUCUGUUCACAGGGAGAUUCACAAGCUUGUCCAUUCCUCGCUCGCUAAAUGUUUGUCUUAUUUCUUCGAUGGUUGGACAUUGAAAUCGAUCGACUGUUGGAAACUACUGUAUCCGACACUUCCUCUGUUCGAUCUUAAUCAGUAUGACUCUGCUAUUGUGAUGCUGUACUAUGCUAGGUAUUACAAUGGAGUCGAGUUGGAUGCCCCGUCGAACAAGGCUUCGAUGUUAGAAAUUCGUCAUUCUAUAAUGUUUGAUAUCCUAUCUUCCGAAGGGAAUCUAGCAUCUUUGCCAAUUUCUGUUCUCCAAGUCAUGCAAGGAUGAAUUGCAACCCUAAGAAAGAGAGUCAUUUUGGCUUGGUUUCUGUGAUUACUCCCCCCGGUCCCGACAAGCAGGCUGUCGCACGAACGCCUGUGUAUAUAGUGCUUCCGCCCUAGCAUUAGGUACAUCUGAAGUCUUAGGAAUGCGUCGGGGCCCUUUAAAUCUUUUGUAGUUGUCCGUUCGGUGUAUGUUCUAACCUGUUCACUGCUGGACGGUUCACUUAGUUCUAUGUGUUUCCAAACAUGAUGUCUGUUCAAAAGUUAGAUGAUGUGCGUGCCUCAAACCAAUGUUUUUAGUAUUGUUAAACUGCUGCUA